AUGUCUCGAGUUCAUGCCGGAACCAUCGUCAGGGUGCAGGACCAGGGGAGGGGCCAAUUCGCGGUCUCCCAACCGAAGGAACUUCGGGCCCAGCCACCAAGAGAUGACAUUCGGAUCCCGAUCCACUUCAGCUGGGAAAUCGUUUCUGUUGACGGUUAUAUCGACCUCGAUACAGGCGUUAUAUCCCUUACCGUAUCUAUCCUCGGUAUCGAUCUAGGUACAUUCACUGGAAGCUUGAAGGAUGGAAUCGAGAUCAAGGUUGAUCUCUGGAUUGUUUCAGGUUCCCUCAAGUUCUACGUGGAUGGCGAUACACUCUAUCUGAAUGUCCAUGCAAAGGUGCGAUUUGAUGGAUCCUACGAUCAGGAUCAUAUCAAGGUCAUUAGUUGGUAG